CCACCUCCUCCUCCUGCUCUCUUCCACCAGAGAACUGCGCCGGAGGAGGAGAGCGGACCCAGGCGAGGAAAGCCUUCCUAGCUGCACCGCUCUGGCCCUACCAUGCGGCAUCUGGUAGCUCUUCUGUGCCUGGGACUCCUCGCUGUCUCCUGCAGAAGCCAGGACACAGGUACUGGGAGCCGCCCGCAGGACCCCGAGGCUGACACCACAGCAGAACCCGAAGAGGAAGACCCCUUCUAUAAGAUUCCCGUGAACCAGCUAGCCGCUGCUGUCUCCAACUUUGGAUAUGACUUGUACCGCCAGCAAUCCAGCCAGAUGCCCACCGCCAAUGUCCUGCUGUCCCCGUUCAGUAUAGCCACUGCUCUCUCGGGCCUUUCCCUCGGUGCGGGAGAACGGACGGAAGACGUCAUAUCUCGCGCGCUCUUCUACGACAUGCUCAACAAGGCCGAGAUCCACAGCACAUACAAGGAGCUCCUGGCGGGCAUCACGGCACGCAAUAAAGGCCUGAAGAGCACCUCCCGCCUCAUUAUGGAGAGAAAACUGAAGAUGAAACUUUGGUUCGUGACUGAGCUGGAGAAAUCCUACGGAUUCCGCCCCAGAGUACUCAGCGGAAAUGCCCGUGGAGACCUGCAGGAGAUAAACAGCUGGGUGCACCAGAGGACGGGCGGGAAGGUUGGCAGGUUCCUGGCAGAGAUCCCCUCUGCAAUCAGCAUCUUCCUCCUUGGGGCAGCGCAUUUCAAAGGGCAGUGGGUGACCAGAUUCGACCCCAAGCUGACUAAGCUGCAGGACUUCCACCUGGAUGAGGAGAGGACGGUGCGGGUGCCCAUGAUGUCAUCCCCCCAAACCAUCCUGAAGUAUGGCUUUGAUUCGGAGCUCAACUGCAAGAUUGCUCAGCUGCCCCUGACAGGAAGUGUCAGCAUCAUGUUCUUCCUGCCCGAAAGUGUGACCCAGAAUAUGACGCUGAUUGAGGAAAGCCUCACCUCCGAGUUCAUGCACGACAUCGACAAGCAGCUGAAGAACGUCCACGCCGUGCUGAGCGUGCCCCGGCUCAAGCUGAUGGCUGAGGCAGGGCUGGCCGACACACUCCGGGACAUGCGGCUCCAGGGACUCUUCUCAACACCCGACUUCAGCAAGAUCACUGCGAAGCCCAUCAAGCUCACCCACGUGCAGCACAAGGUUGCCCUGGAGCUCAGCGAGGAUGGGGAAGGCUCCACGUUUACCCCCGACACGGAGGCCGCGCGCCUGAACUUCCCCAUCACCUACAACCUGAACAGGCCCUUCCUGCUUGUGCUUCGGGACAAUGAGACGGGAGCACUUCUCCUUCUGGGGAAAAUUCUGGACCCCCGGAGUUCUUAGAUCACUUGCCAACCACCAGGGUAGCCUGCAGUCAGCCGUGAAGCGCAUGCCGGGGGCAAAGGGGCAUCGUAGCAAACACCCGUUUCGCUUAUGUGCUGCAAUAAAAGUGCUUCUGCCAUAA